ACCUAGAGCUGCAUUACAUAACAGGUCUCCACGGAAAUUAAUUAAAUUGUCUUUGUUGACACGGCAUCAUCCUACCCACUUGGGUGUGCGCAUCUAAAACUCUUGGACGAGCGCUGAGCUCCUCUGCAACAUCCUGCUCCCCAUGCACCCUUCCUGAUGUGAAGGUGAUGAAUGACGCUGUUUUUUUCCCCCUCUUCCUCUUAGGGGUUCCGUACAGCUGCUACUUCUUUAAGAGCCACCGCCCGCCCCCUCUCCUGUAUUUUUAGCUGAGCCAGCUUCUUCAUUUGCUGGAUAAGACAAACAUAUCUCUGUGUGUGGACUGGAUAAUCGCGCUUGAUCGUUUUUAAUGCAUGACAUCAAUUCGCAUCCUGUGGAUUCGCAGUGGGCCCAUGCAGCCAGAUGUUCCCCUGGAGUAUCUAUAUCUACUUUGAGGCAGAGAUUUGUUCCUCUCGGAUGCUGAAACGCGCAGUCACCCCGUGGAUGCUUGAUGUGCGUUAUGAAACGCAACGCUCCACCGGGUACCUAAUAUGAAGCGAGAUCAAAUGAAUUAAAUCUAUUCAUUUAAAAUCCGACUCUUCCUGCAGCACAGAAUCCUGCUCCUCGGCCCUCUGCUUCCUCUUUUCCUUGGACUGAAGGAUCAGGAAAAAGCCUUCAAGACGGAGGGGGUAGUGGAGCAUCGAGGGAAAAACAGGGGCAAUAUGAGAGAGCGGGACUUCAUGCCCAACAUGGAGAGAGGCAAGCCUGCCACUUACACGGGGGACAAAAAGGCUAAAAUGGCUGCUAAAACUAAUAAGAAGUGGGUGAGACUAGCCACUGUUUUUGCAUAUGUGUUGUCAGUGUCCUUAGCAGCCAUUAUACUGGCAAUUUACUACAGCCUGAUCUGGAAACCGACCUCCGCAUCCUCCUCUUCUGGGAAGCCAGUGCCUGAAGGGGUCUCCCCCACCGCGAACCUCUCAGCAGUUUCUCCAAACAGCAGCGUCUCAGAGUGGAACUCUACACAGACAAUGCUGGUGACAGACACGGCUGUGAACCAAACCAGACUGGCCACGACCCCGCGCAAUUAUGCGGAAAGGGGGUCCGUCUUCAAGUACGGCGCACCGGGGACAGAAAGUGCGCAGGAGGAAAGACUGUACGCAUCUUCCCGCGGUGACAAGCAUACGAGCGCUGCUCUCACCCCGGAGGACGAGGGCGAUGCGGUGACCGACAACAGCAGCCCCGAGCAGGCGGCCGCGGACGGAACCACUGCCCCCCCCGACUUAAAGCCGGACCUGAGAGGAGACUGAUCGGGCCGCCCAUUAUAACCCAUCACUGCAACCUCUCUUAUUUAAAAACGGAAAGUUUUACAUUCUCAAAACCGCAGGUCGGAUUAACACAAAGGUUUUCUGGCUGGAGAGCUCAAUUUGCAGAGCCCCUGAAUGGAUGCUGAACUGCACAUAAUUAACUCAUAACCUUGAUUUUAUGCCUGAGAACAGAGACGCGCUAUUUUCUUCAAAGAUCAGUUUCCCCUUUACUAUGCUUUCCUUUUGUUUCAGGACAUCUUUAUGCCUUAAAUCAACUUCUCAAGCCACUUACCCGCCCGAACACGUGGAAAAGAUUUUUAAAAAUAUUUUCCUAAAUCAUAAAGAACAAGGACCAAAACUGUGGGUUUUGCAGGACGUUCUGGUAUACUGAGCUACCAUUUAUCAAUUUAAAUCAAUAGAAUGCUGGCGAGCCAGCAAUUACAUGUGGGGCCCACAUAGAUCAGAAAUGGGCUGACAAAUUGGCCCCAAAUUGGGGUUGUUUGCAGGUUACAUCAUAGGCAUAGGCCAGUGUGAGAUUCCAGUAUGAUAACAUAAAGUCAGAUGACAACUGAAAAUAGGAUUCAACCACUGAAACUAAUGAAGGUGUCUUUAUGUUCAUAGGCCACUUAGUACCCAGCCAGCCUAAACAAAAUCCAUAUGGGGCCCUCAUACACAUCUUGGAUGAGUACAUUACUUAAUUUUUUUACAUGUAGUCUAUAAACUGUAUUUUCUUGGAUGGAUCAAACCCUGGAUUCCCAUUAGAAGAGCCUGCAUUAUUAAGUUAUGCUCAGGUACAGUAUGUGCAUAUAACCAUGUAAAUGUUAUGUGUAUUUGGUAAGACAGGCAUACAUAUUUUGGCCUUGAAUUUUUAGUGGAAAUAUAGCAGAUUUUUAUUAAAAGUUGCAGUAUGUAUAAAAGGCAUAACUAUAUCCCAAACCAUGCAAAUAAACAUCCAUAGGAAAUUA